UCUUCAUCGACAGCGGGAUCGAUCCAAACUCCUCCUACGUCGACCCAAAACUAAAUCUACAAUACGUCUCCGACGACCAAUUCAUAGACACGGGCAUAAACUACGCCGUCUCGUCGGCCUACAUAUCUUCUAACAUUUCUCGGAGAUUCUUGACAUUGAGGAGCUUCCCUGAGGGAUCUCGCAACUGCUACACCUUCAAGUCAAUCAGCCAGGGCUCAAAAUACAUCAUAAGAGCGACCUUCUUGUAUGGAAACUACGACUCCAAGAAUAGUCCUUUUGUUCAGUUCGAUCUCUACCUCGGAGUCAACCUCUGGAAGAACAUAAACCUGACAACUCCUACUGAAAGCAUCUUCACUGAAACAGUCAGUGAAGCCACAGCUGAUGUGAUCUCAGUUUGCCUGAUCAACACUGGCCAUGGAAUUCCUUUCAUCUCUGGUUUAGAUCUGAGGCCUCUUUCAAACUCUCUUUAUCCUCAAGUCAACUCCUCCACCACUUUGGUCAACUUGGAUAGAUUCUAUGUGGGGAAUUCUAAUUCGAUCAGGUACCCUGCUGACCGAUAUGAUCGCUUAUGGUUCUUCAUUGACACCCCACCUUCAUGGAGUGUGACAUCGACCGACUCGAGCGUCCAAAACCAGGUGCAUGAUCAGUUUCAGCCACCACAGGAAGUCAUGCAGAUUGCAGCAUACCCUAGCAGCUCCACCACACUUCAACUCAGCUUGGCACCCGAUCCAGGAGACCUAACUGAGUUCUAUACGGUCCUCUACUUCUGCGAGCUCCAGCUGAACGCCUCGAGGCAGUUCUUGAUCUACCUCAAUGGAGCCCUGCUGAACGACGGCAGGCCUUUGGCUCCAACCUACCUCCUCUCUGACGUCGUUUUCAAUGCUGAUCCAAGUUUAGGGUUUGGUGAGUGCAAUAUAACUCUUGUUGAAACAGGAAGCUCCAUGCUUCCACCUAUCAUAAAUGCCAUUGAAGUCUUCACAGCAAUGAGAAAUGCAAAUGUGGCAACCAAUGGCCAAGAUGUGGAUGCAAUGUUGGCAAUCAAAGGGUGGUACCAGGUGAGAAGAAACUGGAUGGGUGAUCCAUGCUCUCCACAAGCAUAUACUUGGGUUGGACUGAAUUGUACACAGAAUAACUCUGGUGUUCCGAUGAUCACUGCAGUCAAUAUGUCAUACAGUGGAUUGGCAGGUGUAAUAACCACAUCCUUUGCCAACCUAAGUGCACUGCAAUACUUGGAUUUGUCUCAUAACAACUUAACAGGAUCGAUACCUGAUGGUCUGGGGUAUUUGCCAUCUCUCAGAGUCUUAGAUUUGACAGAAAACCAACUUAGUGGAGUCAUUCCUUCUGUUCUUCUUGAGAAAUCUAAGAAUGGUUCUAUUACUUUGAGAACUGAAGGCAACAUUUGUCUUGGUGGAGAUUCUUGCGAGCCUAAGAAUAAGAAGAAGAAGAAUUAUUUAGCAAUUAUCGUCAUUGCUUCUGUAGUUGCUGCUAUGUGUGGGUGCUUGGCGGCAAUUAUCCUUCUCUGCAUACUGAAAAAGAGAAAAGCCAAACGCACCAUCAAAGAGCUCCAAAUUGGAGGCAAAUAUCAACUUGAAAAUCGAAAAUUCACGUACAAGGAACUGGAGUUCAUUACUGAUAACUUUAGCAAGAUCAUUGGAAAAGGAGGGUUUGGAAUUGUUUACUAUGGCCAUUUGGAAGAUGCUACUGAAGUUGCUGUCAAGGACAGUACUGAUCGGCACCGGACAAGCAUGGAUUGCCGGCUCUUGCUUCUUCUGCUCCUCUUCCUCAUGGCGGCCUCCGCAUCUAGAGUUCAGGGACAACAGCCACCAGGUACUGCACACACCAUUCUACUUGAUCCCGCCAUGCAACUUAGCUCUCAAGCUUCUGCAGGUUUUAUCUUCAUCGACAGCGGGAUCGAUCCAAACUCCUCCUACGUCGACCCAAAACUAAAUCUACAAUACGUCUCCGACGACCAAUUCAUAGACACGGGCAUAAACUACGCCGUCUCGUCGGCCUACAUAUCUUCUAACAUUUCUCGGAGAUUCUUGACAUUGAGGAGCUUCCCUGAGGGAUCUCGCAACUGCUACACCUUCAAGUCAAUCAGCCAGGGCUCAAAAUACAUCAUAAGAGCGACCUUCUUGUAUGGAAACUACGACUCCAAGAAUAGUCCUUUUGUUCAGUUCGAUCUCUACCUCGGAGUCAACCUCUGGAAGAACAUAAACCUGACAACUCCUACUGAAAGCAUCUUCACUGAAACAGUCAGUGAAGCCACAGCUGAUGUGAUCUCAGUUUGCCUGAUCAACACUGGCCAUGGAAUUCCUUUCAUCUCUGGUUUAGAUCUGAGGCCUCUUUCAAACUCUCUUUAUCCUCAAGUCAACUCCUCCACCACUUUGGUCAACUUGGAUAGAUUCUAUGUGGGGAAUUCUAAUUCGAUCAGGUACCCUGCUGACCGAUAUGAUCGCUUAUGGUUCUUCAUUGACACCCCACCUUCAUGGAGUGUGACAUCGACCGACUCGAGCGUCCAAAACCAGGUGCAUGAUCAGUUUCAGCCACCACAGGAAGUCAUGCAGAUUGCAGCAUACCCUAGCAGCUCCACCACACUUCAACUCAGCUUGGCACCCGAUCCAGGAGACCUAACUGAGUUCUAUACGGUCCUCUACUUCUGCGAGCUCCAGCUGAACGCCUCGAGGCAGUUCUUGAUCUACCUCAAUGGAGCCCUGCUGAACGACGGCAGGCCUUUGGCUCCAACCUACCUCCUCUCUGACGUCGUUUUCAAUGCUGAUCCAAGUUUAGGGUUUGGUGAGUGCAAUAUAACUCUUGUUGAAACAGGAAGCUCCAUGCUUCCACCUAUCAUAAAUGCCAUUGAAGUCUUCACAGCAAUGAGAAAUGCAAAUGUGGCAACCAAUGGCCAAGAUGUGGAUGCAAUGUUGGCAAUCAAAGGGUGGUACCAGGUGAGAAGAAACUGGAUGGGUGAUCCAUGCUCUCCACAAGCAUAUACUUGGGUUGGACUGAAUUGUACACGGAAUAACUCUGGUGUUCCGAUGAUCACUGCAGUCAAUAUGUCAUACAGUGGAUUGGCAGGUGUAAUAACCGCAUCCUUUGCCAACCUAAGUGCACUGCAAUACUUGGAUUUGUCUCAUAACAACUUAACAGGAUCGAUACCUGAUGGUCUGGGGUAUUUGCCAUCUCUCAGAGUCUUAGAUUUGACAGAAAACCAACUUAGUGGAGUCAUUCCUUCUGUUCUUCUUGAGAAAUCUAAGAAUGGUUCUAUUACUUUGAGAACUGAAGGCAACAUUUGUCUUGGUGGAGAUUCUUGCGAGCCUAAGAAUAAGAAGAAGAAGAAUUAUUUAGCAAUUAUCGUCAUUGCUUCUGUAGUUGCUGCUAUGUGUGGGUGCUUGGCGGCAAUUAUCCUUCUCUGCAUACUGAAAAAGAGAAAAGCCAAACGCACCAUCAAAGAGCUCCAAAUUGGAGGCAAAUAUCAACUUGAAAAUCGAAAAUUCACGUACAAGGAACUGGAGUUCAUUACUGAUAACUUUAGCAAGAUCAUUGGAAAAGGAGGGUUUGGAAUUGUUUACUAUGGCCAUUUGGAAGAUGCUACUGAAGUUGCUGUCAAGUUGCUGACCAAAUCAUCUUCACAAGGAAAAGAAGAUUUUCUUUCUGAGGCUGAACAUUUGACAAGGGUUCAUCACAAGAAUUUGGUUUCUUUGGUGGGCUAUUGCAUGGAUGAAGAUCAUUUGGCACUCGUAUGCGAAUUUAUGCCCAAGGGAAACCUUAAAGAAUACCUCAAAGCUAGUCAAACUGAGACGCCUUUGAAAUGGGAACAACGUCUCCGAAUUGCCAUUGAUGCCGCACAAGGACUUGAGUAUCUGCACACCGGAUGCAAACCUCCACUUGUUCAUAGAGACGUGAAGACCGCUAACAUACUCUUGAACGAAAGACUAGAAGCGAAAAUAGCUGAUUUUGGACUAUCCAAGCGUUUCCAAGAUGACAACACCGGCCACACAUCCACAAGGAUUGUUGGCACUAUCGGAUACCUUGAUCCAGAGUACUAUGUCAAUAACCAACUCAGCCGGAAGAGCGAUGUGUAUAGCUUUGGAGUGGUUCUUUUGGAACUCAUCACUGGAAAAUCUCCCAUAUUUAGUGAUCUUGAAGACAUUCACAUAGUUCAAUGGGUUAAAGAAAGGCUUGCCAAUGGAAACAUAGAGGAUGUUAUCGACACAAUCAUAUGCGAAGAGAGAGUCCUAAAUUCAUCUUGGAAGGUGGCCAAUGUCGCAUUGGCAAGCACUACACACACUUCGAGUACGAGGCCAACGAUGACUGAAGUGGUGAUGGAGCUAAAGGAGUGCUUGGCAAUGUACACUGAUGGUGAUAAGAUGUUGUUGAAGCAUGGAAGCAGUGAGGUGGAUCCGAGUCUCUUGGAAUUUCAUCAUGUCGGAAGCAUUUCUGAUGCUGAAGGCCCUUCGGCUCGUUGAUUUGUCGCACUUACAUUGACUGAUUGUCGAAAUUGAUUUCUAGUUUUGGAUUUACAAAUUUGAAUAGGCUUCCAUUCAUCAAUUGUGUUACCUUAGACAUUAUGUAC